UUUUAGUAGUAAUUUUACUCUGUAGUUAGCACCAUGUUUACGGAAUUGCUGAUGGGCUUAAUUGCCCUUUUAUUUGUGUGGGACUAUAUCAAUAAAAAAUAUCGUAAUGAUGUGUUGGAGAAAUCGUGUAUACCGGGACCUAAAGUAAUGCCUAUUCUAGGCAAUGCUAUGGACUUGAGACAUGUUAAUAGUGAUAAUGUUAUUGAUUCUAUACAUGAUUUUAAAAGAAAAUAUGGUAAAAUCUAUCGCUUGUGGGUGCUGCAUCAAUUGACUGUUGUUAUAUUGGAUCCCAAAUAUUUGGAGAUUGUUCUGAACAGCCAACAGAUGCUGAAAAAGAGUACUUUAUAUGAUUUUAUGGCGAGUUGGUUGGGUCGCGGUCUACUGCUGAGUUGGGGCAAGAAAUGGCAUUCGAGGCGUAAAAUUAUAACGCCCACCUUCCACUUCAAAAUUCUUGAAGAAUUUGUGGAGAUUUUCGAUCAGCAGGGCAGUGUUAUGAUGAAGAAAUUGUACGAAAAGGCUGAUGGCAAAACCGCAGUUGAUAUAUUUCCGGUGGUGUGUUUGUGUGCAUUGGAUAUUAUAGCGGAGACUUCCAUGGGUGUUAAAGUAAAUGCCCAAGAAAAUCCUGGUUUGGAAUAUGUCCUAGCCAUAGACAGCCUUGGUCGCAUAUUGGCAGAACGUUUCAUUAGACCUCUGCAAAGAACUGAUUUGCUAUUCCGCUUAACGGCCCCCAAACAAUACCAAGAGUCUCAGCGUUGCAUUAAAGUUUUGCAUGAAUUCACCAUAAAUGUUAUAGAACAAAGAAGGGCGGCUCUCGAGCAAUCGCUAAAAGAUGGCUCUUUGAAAACUGCAACUGAGGAUUCCGAAUUAAAUACCAAAAAACGCAUGGCUUUACUAGAUGUUUUAUUGCAAUCCAACGUGAAUGGUGUGCCUUUGACCAAUAAGGACAUACGCGAAGAAGUUGAUACAUUUAUGGUUGCUGGUCAUGAUACCACAGCCAGUGGCAUAUCAUUUACUCUACAUUUGUUAGCCCGCCAUCCCGAGAUCCAACAAAAACUGGUGGAGGAGAUCAAAGAAGUUAUAGGCACUGACAAAAAUAAACCAGUGACAAUUCGUGACCUACAAGAGCUCAAAUAUAUGGAAUGUGUCAUAAAGGAAAGCGUUAGAUUAUAUCCUCCCGGACCUAUUAUUGGUCGCCAAAUACAAGAAGAUGUUAAAGUGGGCGAUAUUACCAUACCUGCUAAUACAAAUAUAGAUAUACCUUUGUUUAUGAUCAUGCGUGAUCCUGAUUAUUUUAUUAAACCCAAUGAUUUCAUACCCGAACGCUUUGAAAGUACCAGCGAUGAAAAAAUCCACCCCUUUGCCUAUAUCCCGUUCUCGGCGGGACCACGCAACUGUAUAGGGCAAAAGUUUGCCAUGUUGGAAACAAAAAGUAUUGUAUCGAAAAUAUUGCGUCAUUUUGAAUUGUUACCGCUGGGACCUGAUGUUAAGCCGUUGAUUAAUGUUGUAUUACGCUCAAAAACUGGCAUGCAUAUUGGACUUAAGCCCAGAGAUUUACAACAUUGAUCUGAAGGGAAAGCAAGUGUGUCUUUUAAUAAAGUAAUAAAAUAU